AUGGUUGUUUCUAUUCCUAACUUGACCCCAGUUCAAAAUGCUUCUGUUAAUACAGUUGUUGAACGUUUCAAUGUUUCUACUGAUCGUUUAAAGAAAAUCACUGAACAAUUUGUUAUUGAAAUGAGAAAGGGUUUGGAUCAUCAAGGUGCUACAAUUGCCAUGAUUCCUUCCUUUGUUUCUGGUCGUUGUACUGGUGAGGAAAAGGGCACUUUUAUGGCUCUUGAUUUAGGUGGUACCAACUUACGUGUCUGUCAAGUUAACUUGUUGGGUGGUGGUGAACAUACAAUUCGUCAACAAAAAUAUGUUGUCUCUGAGGAACUCAAGGUGGGUCCUAUGCGUAAUCUCUGUGAUUUUAUCGCGGAUUGUGUCGAUAGCUUCUUGACCGAAAAUGGUCUUGGUGAUAGCAAUGAACCUAUUCAAUUAGGUUAUACCUUUUCCUUCCCUAUCCUUCAAACUAGUAUUAACCGUGGUGUCUUGAAGCAAUGGACUAAAGGUUUCAACUGUACUGGUGCUGUCGGUAAGGAUCCUACCAUCCUUCUUCAAGAUUCUUUCCGUCGCAAGAAUAUUAAUGUCAAUAUUGCUGCUAUUGUAAAUGAUACUGUGGGUACUCUUAUGGCUUAUGCUUACAAGCAUCCUAAUACAACAAUGGGUGUUAUUAUGGGUACUGGUUUUAAUGCCUCUUACUAUGAAGAUAUGAACAACGUCAAGAAGUGGACAGGCGAUAAGAAUCAAGAAAUGGUGAUUAAUAUGGAAUGUGGUGCCUUUGAUUGUGAACGUCGCGUGUUACCCAUGACAGUGUAUGAUAACAAGAUGGACCGUGAAUCAAUUAAUGUUCAUCAACAACUCCAUGAAAAGAUGGUAGCCGGUAUGUACCUUGGUGAGAUUACUCGUAACGCUCUCUUGGAUUUAGUUGAUCAACAAAUCUUGUUUGGUGGUGAUUCCUCCAAGGAAUUAAACAAGAACUGGAGCUUCGAGACUGCUUACAUGUCCACAAUUGAAGUCGAUGAAACCUCUGAUUUAUCCGAUACAGGUCAUAUCUUGGAAUCUGUCAUGAAUAUCCCCUCUACUACCUUGGCUGAUCGUCAGAUUGUCAAGGCGGUAUGUCAUGCCGUAGGUCUUCGUGCUGCUCGUAUCGCUGCCUGUCAUAUCGCCGGUGUCUUGACCCAUACUAAUAAGUUGGGUGAAGAAUCUAUCAUCGCCAUUGAUGGUUCUCUCUUUGAAUUCUAUCCUAACUUUGAAAAGAACAUGAGUCAAGCCUUGUCUGAAAUCAUUGGUGAAGAAUCUCGUUCAAAGGUCAAGUUUGAUCUUGCCAGAGAUGGUUCUGGUCUCGGUGCUGCUAUUAUCGCCAUGAUUGCUUCCAAGCAUUAA